CAAGUCUUAGCGAAUACGAUCAUGCUGUCCGAGAAUCAAACUAUCUUUCGGCAUGUCAGGAGGGUCAGAGGUUUCUGGUGGUAGUACUGCUUGCUUUGCAUAUUUUCCAAUUCUAGUGUUCCGAUCGUUCCAACAGUGGAACGGUGGAACGAAACGUUGUAAUGGCGAGUGCGUCUGUUCUGCAUAUUUGAUGUCGCGAUAAAGUUGGGCGUACGCGUCCGUCUUAUCAGUUCCUCCGAAGCGAUUUCUCGUGUGUUUUCGUCGAGUCCUCGUGUCGCCGGCUCGCCUCACAAAUCGUGAUAACUCUGCCGAUAAAAAUCGCAAAGAGAACGUACUGCGUCGAUGAAUCAUAUUCAAGAUAUGGAAAGGAGCGACUCAAAUAACACUCAAUAAUCUCAUUACUCGCGUCGAUUCCACAAUACGCAACAUUCCAGAGCACGUGCGACGGUGUACUACAUUGGUUUAAUAUAGGACAGGCGUAAAUUGUUACGUGAUUUCUUCACGAUCGUGGUGUGUAAUUUUUAGCACGCACCUGUGCGCGUACAUCUUUAUAAUAUGAAAUCGUAGCGAGCAUGAAGGUAACCGUGUGCUUCGACAACGUCAGGGUGGUGGUUCCAUGCGGAGAUGGCACUCUGCUUGUGAGAGAUCUUAUGCAUGAGGCUACUCUGAGAUACAAGAAGGCCACUGGUAAAAAUGAUAGUAUUUUAACUAUCAACAGUCUAUCUUCUUUAACUGGAGGCGGCUUGUUGGAUCCAGAUGACAGAUUGUGCGAUGUAGCCGAUGACAGAGAGCAGAUUGUGGCUCAUUUUGCGAGCUCUGAUAUCAAUCAUAUUGGUGGAGAUGGCGCAAGUUCAGUUGGCACAAAUAGUCCUGAUUUUUUCCAUACAGAUGGCAAGGAGCAGGUUUAUCCAAUUGAUAUUCAUUCCUCUAUACCUAUUAGUAGUAUUAAGAGAGAAAGUACGAAACGGUUAUCAAUGCACGCAUUAUCAACCAGAGAACCUUCUCUCACAACGUAUUCCGCUCAGUCUCUACCUAGAGAAUCUCGGCGUAGGGAACCAUUAGGCCAAGAUUCUAAAAUUUCAUAUGAAUUCGGCAAUAACAUUGCAUCUGGAGAUCAAGAAGUGCGAGAGAUUGUGAUAAAAAAUGAAGCAGGACCACUGGGGCUGCAUGUCGUGCCAUGUUACGACUUACUAGGCAACGAUCAAGGACUUAGAGUCGAGGGUGUUGAACCAAAUGGCCGCAUCGCUAGGGAUGGACAAAUCGAUUUGCAUGACAAUAUUAUAAAGAUAAACGGUCAUAACUUGUUACGCAUACCAUUUUCAAAAGUUCAGGAGAUCUUUCGAACAUGCAUGAAUGAUCCUUGUUUACAAAUUUCUAUUGUUAAGCAUAAGAAGAAAGCGAGGAGUGAGAAAUCCUUGCACAAAAAUCAUGGUAAUACUAGUGGAGGAUCAGAGAAAACUGAAAGUGAUGAGAAUAUCAAAAGACUUCAAUGCAGCAAUUAUAAUCUUUUACAAACUGCAAACACUAGGAAAAUUGGACGGAUGAUAGAAAUAGAGUUAACGAAAGGAAGUAAUGGUUUAGGAUUUAGUGUUACCACACGUGAUAAUCCUGCUGGAGGACAUUGCCCCAUAUAUAUUAAGAAUAUAUUACCAAAAGGUGCUGCGGUGGAAGAUGGCAGAUUAAGGUCGGGUGAUAGAUUGUUAGAAGUAAAUACUAAAGAGAUGACAGGUAAAAGCCAGGCGGAAGUUGUAUCAUUGCUCAGAAGUAUUCCCUCUGGUGGCAAAGUUAGAAUGAUAGUAUCACGGCAAGAGGAAAUUUCUUCAAACAUUCCGGAUUCUCAGGGCACAGCGGCAUCGAAUCCCUCCACUGUUGACGUAGUGGAUAAUGCAAAAUAUUGGAGCGCGUUAAAUAAAUCGCCGGUAAAAAAGAAUGAUGUGCAGGAUAAUAAAGUGAUCACUCACAGUUACGAUAAAUGCACGUAUAAACCAGCAAAAUCCUCUGAAGACAUUGUCUUAUCUCCACGGAAGAAUCGCAUGAUAUUGACUUUAGAUAUACCGGUGCACGAUUCUGAGAAGGCUGGCUUGGGCGUCAGUGUUAAAGGCAAAACCAACAGCUCUGACGACAACACCAGUAUGGACUUGGGGAUUUUUAUAAAAAGCGUUAUUCACGGGGGCGCAGCAUCCAGGGAUGGUCGCUUACGGACCAAUGAUCAAUUGCUCAACGUGAACGGUGUUUCUUUACUCGGUUUAUCAAAUUCCGAUGCGAUGGAAACUUUGAGAAGAGCAAUGCUUAAUACAAACAGCUCAGUAACAGGUGUGAUUACUCUUACGAUAGCUAGAAGGAUAUCAUCGUACGACGCAAAUGAGAAAAAUAUUGUAGAUAAUUUACAAUCUCAUCGUAAGCCAGAAUCUGUUAAUAGCAUAUACAUAUCGGAUUCCACGAAAGUAAAUGAUGGCAUAGUGAAGGACAAAAACACCUUAAAUUCUCAGACAGAUAUACUGGAUAACGGAGGAUUAUUGUCUUGCGUAACAGCUUCACCAUGGAAUCCUGUUAUUGAUAGAUUAACGGAGCAGUAUGGUAAAAGUAGUUUAAGAAACGAAAGUUAUUGUCUUGCUACCAACAAAACAUGGCUGGAGCCUGUUAGUAACGUAAAGAAGACGAUUAUAGGAUCGCGCGACGACCGAAUCGAAUCAGUAUUGUUAGAAGAAUCCAACAAUGACAGCUCUCAAGGGAACGACAUCAAGCGCAACACCGAAGACAAGGACAGCCAAUAUUCCGGAGAUCCUACGUAUGACAGUCAAUUAUCGUUGGAAGAAUUAAAUUCCUCAAAUAAAUUUUCUCGUGAUGCACUUGGCAGGCAGAGCAUGUCUGAAAAACGACACGCCGCUCUAGAUGCUAAAAACACGGACACUUACAAGAGGAACAAAAAAUUACGCGAAGGCAGAGAAAACAAGAACGCGGAGCAAAGUAAUCAGAAAUCAAUCAGUCAAACGAGCAAUCACUCAAGUGACUUGGAAGAUCACUCGAAGAGGAUCGGCAAGUUGAAUAAUUUCGAUAAACAUAUAAAUAAAGGAGCCUUAGCUGAAAACACGAGUGUCGACAAUAAAGUAAAACAUUACGAAAAGUCUGUCGAUCCUGCUCAAUCGGAAUACGUGUACACUAUACCAGGAUGUAAUAAUAAAUUUCUGUUGCCGAGGAAACACUGGCUUGUUGACGACGACAGCGAAGUUACGAGCAGCAAUAAUAUCAAAGAUGAGCGAGAAGGUUUUUCAAAUAGUCGCGGAGACGUGAAGCAGGCUUCUCUUAAUUCAGCAUUAGACGAUCGAUAUAAGCGUUCGCGAAAAAAAGGCGGCAUUCGCUCGAUGCUACGAUUGGGCAAAAACAGGAAAUCACUUAAUUUCGGCGAUAGUAUAGAAGCAAGGCACGAAACUAUAUUUCAGAUUACUCCAAACACAAUUCUUUACCAACAGAAGCGUUUUCGAGGCAAAAUUAAUAUACAAAGACCCAGGCCGACGCACUUUUUAAGGGCGUUGGUAAAUGAAUUUCUGACGCCUUAUUACCCUUCUCCAAAUAAAGACAAAAAAUUAGAGGAACUAUGUUACAAUGCAAGAAAAGCCGCGAAGAAGAAAGAUGAGGAGGAGGAAUAUAAUCCUUACCAAAGAAUAAUAGCACGGGAGGCCCGGAAUUGGUUUGACAAUUCCAAAAUGGUUGCCAUUUGCCAUCAAAAUUCUAUGUCAGGAGAGGAACAGUUUGAGUUUCAAGUUGCAUUGAAAAAGGUGAAUAUGUAUUACAAACGAUAUAGCAAAAAGAUUAUGAAAAUAGCAUUGAAAGAUUCACCUUACGCGGCGACUUUGCCAUUGUAUUCGACGCAUUUCUCCAUUGUGUUUGGUUAUGACGUAAAUGUUGCUGCUUUCGAAAAAAUUAAUAGAAAAUUUCCACAAGUUAUCUUAUUGGCGGGUAUACUGGAGGGACGUGUGCUGAACAAGGAAAAUCUUUUGAGAUAUGGCAAAAUGGAUCUUACAACGGCGCGGGUACAACUUGUUCAGUUGUUACAGAGUGCAGGCGGUAACAACUUAAAUCAGCAGCUAACGCAUCAUCAGUCCACAUUGGUUGAUCGAUUAAAACAGAUCGGUAUAAACGAGACAGCUUCGGACGAGAACGAAAAAUCGGUGCCUGUAUAAUUAAAAAACACUUGUACCGAUAAUUUAUGAUACAUUUUAAAUUAUCUAAAGCUUUAAGUAAAGUUUAUUUCUCUACGCCUUGUAUUUACGGUAGGAAUAAGAACUAUCGGUACAAAGUUA